AAUUAUCUACUCAAAAGAAAAAAAGUAUUAGAGGAAAAAAGUAAUUUUUCACUGGUCAUGCACUGCGCCGCCACAGUACUAGAUGGCGCUAAUGUAACGCGGUUUGUUUGGUUAAUUCAAAGGCAUAACUGCGCGGUGACUGUCACUGUUAUUGUGACAAAGAUAAGUUUAAUUCAUUAAAUGCUAACAGCUGCUGGGCGGCAGCUCCGUCUGCGCUGAAGCGUCUGUCAAAGUCAAAGUCUGAAGAGAUUUCUGCGUCAGGUUAUUUGAACUUUGACUCCCUGGCACUUUUUGCAAGGAAAAGAGACGCUGUCAGUUUUAACUUUUCAUUUCAUUUAAAGAUAAAGUGAGUAGGUGACGUCUGCAGAGCUGAAGAUGACAUCCAAGAAAGUGAUCGAGUUGUUCUACGACGUGGUGUCUCCGUACUCCUGGCUCGGCUUUGAGGUUAUGUGCCGCUACAGACAGAUGUGGAAUAUCGAGCUCAAACUGCGACCUGCCUUUCUGGGAGGCAUCAUGCGAGGAGCAGGCAACAAGGCCCCUGGUUUGGUUCCCAACAAAUUCAUGUACAUGACGAAGGAUCUGCACCGCUUGUCAGAGUAUUUUGGUGUUCCCAUGCAGGCUCCAGCGGACCCCUUUGAAGUCGUGUUCAAAAAAGGCUCCUUGAAUGCAAUGCGAUUUGUGACAGCAGUACAAGAGAGGGAGACGGGUGGAGACGAGCAGGCGGAGCGGGUGUCCCGGGAGCUGUGGAGACGGAUCUGGAGUGAGGACAAAGACAUCACUGAACCUGCAUCACUGUCUGAGGCAGCGAUGAAAGCCGGACUGUCUGACAGCGAGAUUAAAGAAGCGCUGAAGCUGUCCACCUCAAAGGAGAUCAAAGACAAGCUGAAGACGGCAACGCAGGAGGCACUUGAUCACGGGUCGUUCGGCUUCCCCAUGGUGGUGUGUCACGUUAACGGAAAGCAGGAGAUGUUUUUUGGAUCUGACAGAUUUGAGCUCAUGGCCCACUGCAUCGGGGAGAAGUGGCUCGGACCUCAGCCCGACAAAUGAGCUGCCAAGCUGUGAGAUAUGAAGCUGCCUUCACACACAGUCUGUGUGCUCAGAGAUUCUACUUUUAAUAAUGCCUUCGAUUUUUGCUAAUCCUUCAAAUGUAAUAUUUUAUGUGCCUUUUAAAAGGAAAGCAUCAUAUAUCCAAUGAACUUCAGUAACAAAUGGGAUUGUAAAUAAUGCCACAUGCUAUUGUGCUGUUAAUACAUGUAUUAAGAAGAGCAUUGACAGCUUAUGCAAUCCUUUCUAUUGAAAUUUAGAGGUGCAGAAAGGAUGCUGUUAAGCAUUUGUUGCAAUGUUUGCACAGAGUUUAAUAUUUUGGCCCUGCUGGUGGCAUGGCUCUAUGGAUGGUGAAAUUUUUUUUUAAACUGAUGACUUUGGUGUUCCGUUUUAGUGAGGUUAAUGAUUGUUUUUUAGUAAAAUAUCUCUGUUACUACUUGAUGGACAUACAUUUGAGCUUUUUACUCUUAGUACGUACUGCAGCUGGCCUUACAAAGUACAAACUCUUGCAUGCAAUAUGUACACAAUUGGGACUUAAUUUUCCUUUUUUCCAGCAUUACAACAUUGUGGUACAUUCAUUGUGAAGUAUCAAUAUGAGUUUACAUGUCGACGUCGUAAAACUUUGACCUUCUUGCUCAUAGUUUCAAUAUGAGGCAGAGACCUUUCAGUAGCCUUUAGGUUUCCGUUCACAGCCCAGAUAAAUGCAGCUUUGGUGGAUUAGAAACUAAACUGCACUUUGCAGUAACAGGUAAUAAAGUUACUCUAUGUGG